GGAGGUUAGUGGGAAUGACAGACAAAAUGCCACCUAUUACAAUGAAGAACCUCCUCCUCCACCUGUCGUCUACUUCCGUUACACAGAUGACACGCUGAGAAAACUGGUCCAGAGGAUGAGGGAGCGCACAGAGGAGCUCAAAGAGAAGGCCAUAGACCCGUACGCCUCUUCCCCAGAAGUCAGCCCGCCUGUCACGCCUCUCCUGAGGCCGGACGACUACCUCAGGUUGCAGGAAGAGAGGCGGAUAGCGAAGGAAGAGGCGGAUAAAAAGAAGGCAGAGGAGGCGGCCAAAAAGGCAGAGGAGAAGAAGAAGAAGGACGAGGAGAAGAGACUGGAGGCCGAGAAGAAAGCCGAGGAGGAGAGGCUGGCGGAGGAGGCCAAGAAGAAAGCAAAGCUCCUUCCAGACAUCAACUGCGCCUGCUUCGACGUCCUCCUCCAUCCGAUUGAAGAAAUGAUGGACGACGUCUUGGGGAAAACAGUGGAUCCUUUAGAUCAUCGGUACAUCGCCUGGUUGUCCUUGGUAGCGUUGGCAUACAACUACAAUGUUUGGUUUGUCACCGCUCGCUUGGCCUUCCCUUACCACAGUGACAGUGUCAACCACUACUGGGUCAUCUGCGACAUUCUCAGUGACAUCGUGAAUAUUAUUGACAUCGUGCUUUGGCAGCCCCGACUACAGUUUGUCAAAGCCGGGGACAUCAUUAAAGACAGAGCUGAGACCAAGGCACAUUAUCGGAAAUCACCACGAUUCAAGACUGAUAUCAUCAGUAUCCUCCCGUUUGACCUCCUCUGCCUGCACUUUGACUUCUCCUCCUUCUACCGACUCAACCGCUUCAUCAGGGUGGAGUCCUUCUUUGAGUUCAGCGAUCGACUGGAAAACGUCAUGUCCAAGGCCUACAUCUGGAGAGUGGCUCGGACCACAGGUUACCUGCUCUACGUGCUCCAUCUCAACGCCUGCAUAUACUACGUCGCCUCGGUAAAUCAGGGUCUCGGGAUAACCCACUGGGUGUACAACGGAAAGGGCGCAGCGUACAUCCGCUGUUACUACUUUGCCGUCCGAAGUCUGAUCAACAUUGGCGGUCUUCCUGAGCCUACAACCACCUUUGAGAUUAGCUUUCAGAUGUCAAACUUUUUCAUUGGUGUCUUUGUGUUCUCCAGUUUGAUUGGACAGAUGAGAGACGUCAUUGGGGCAGCAACAGCAGGUAAGACAUACUUCCGAGCGUCGAUGGACGGCUGUGUUGAAUACAUGAACACCUAUUCGAUUCCCAAGCAUGUCCAGAACAGAGUGCGGACCUGGUACAACUACACCUGGGCUGCUCAGGGCAUGCUGGAUGAGUCCGAGCUGCUGGACAAGAUGCCUCUGGUGAUGAGAACCGCCAUCGCUGUGGACGUCAACCUGUCCACUUUCCAGAAGAUCGCACUGUUUCAGGGCUGUGACCAGCAGAUGUUGGUAGACAUGUUGCUGAGGCUCAAGUCAAUCAUCUACCUGCCUGGAGACUUUGUUGUCAAGAAAGGUGACAUCGGUAAAGAGAUGUACAUCAUUAAGAGUGGAGCGGUGCAGGUGGUGGGAGGUCCUGACAACAGUAUUGUGUUUGUGACGCUGAAGGCCGGAUGUGUGUUCGGAGAAAUCAGUUUACUACAGUCUGCCAAAGAUGGAGGAAACAGGCGCACAGCUAACGUGAAAGCACACGGAUUUGCCAACCUUUUCGUCCUAGAAAAGAAAGACUUGUUUGAUAUCCUCGUCCACUACCCAGAGUCUCAGAAAGUUCUGGCCAGGAAGGGAAGGAAACUGACCAAGGCCAAAGGCCCUCCAGGCGCUAAAGCGCCAGAGGAGAAGCCCAAAGGUAUGACUCUGUUUGGACCAAAGCCACCGACGCCCAAGUUAAUGAAAGCAUUUGCCAACUUAAGGAAAUUGAAGAAAGAGCAAGAGAAAUGAGAGAUUGGUGUGUGAUGCUGAUCUUCACUGCUUCAAAUCAUUUUGUAUAUAUUUUACUUUUCAAUCACUACCGAAAGGCUCAUGAGAAGACAGACGUGAGAUGUAGCAGAGUGGAGACGGGCGUCUGCAAUUAUAAUCCAAUAACUUUCACCUGGCACACUUUAGUGGUCUGCUUAACAGAGACAGAAAUGUUGGUUUAACUUGUUCAGUUCAAGUAGCUGAAUGUGACGGUAACAUUUAAGGUUUGUAUUAUGUGUCAUUUUUCAUAUUAAACAAGGUUCAGGUGUUUACUACAAUACAUGUCCUCUGUUGUAUCACUCAAUGAUGAGCCUUUUAGUUUUGACCGAUUUGUUUUUGUUCAGAAGAAGUGGAAGGUUAAAGAGCUCCGCCUCAUGUUUAACAUCAAAAUGGAACUUUCUCAAAAAAGGAUUAAGACAAAUGAAACAGUCCGGACUC